GAGGGACGUGUAAAAGACAAUCAACAGAGGAAGAUCUUUUACUCUCAUUUUAUUCUCAACAUUUCAAUCAAUUAUUUAAAUGCAAACUAAGAUCUUCCACUUUUCUUCUUGUGCCUGUCCCUAAAUCUGUUUCUUAUAAUGUACAUAGAUUGCUCAAGUUUGUAAUUAAAGUCGAAGUGAUAAGAACUAGUUCCUUGAACAACCCAUUUGGAAUCUGCAUCCGUAAAGUCCUCUUUCAGUGGAUGUUUCUAGGACUACAUUCCCACAGUGGCUUGAUCCCUGAGAGAAAUGAGGCGUCACAUUUGAGUGUAAGCAAACUGAGGAAACCUUUAUUUUUGCUGUGUCACUUUGUCCUGUGCACCGAUGUCCAGUCUCCUCUCCCUCUGUCAUGAUGUCCUAUUGAAGGAACCAAAUGCAGCCAACCUUUGAGCCAGAAAUCCAUGAUGUAUUUCUUCAAGAGCAGCCUGGAGUUGGAGAGAGAGGCAGCGUUCUCUUUAUAACAAGGAUGAAGGAUGCCGCGGCGGAGCUCCUGGGCCACAGGGAGGCUUUAAAGUGCAGGCUAGGCGGUGGAGGAGGACCUGACCCGGGGGGACACUCCGGGGAGCUCGGUCCAGGUCCGGACGGCGUGGAAGGAACCACGAUGCUCCCCGGUGAUGAUAUCAGCAGCGGCGGUGGAGGUGGAGGAGGAGGAGGAGGAGGAGGGGGACCCAACACGGUGCAGGUGAACAGCAAAGAGCAGGAGAAGCAGCAGAACAACAACAACAACAACCAGAACCAGUCCGGGUCGCAGCAGAGCCAGAGCCAGAGCCAGAAACAGAAGCGGCACCGGACCCGCUUCACGCCUGCGCAGCUCAACGAGCUGGAGAGGAGCUUCGCCAAAACGCACUACCCGGACAUCUUCAUGCGCGAGGAGCUGGCGCUGAGGAUCGGCCUGACGGAAUCCAGAGUGCAGGUCUGGUUCCAGAACCGACGCGCCAAGUGGAAGAAGCGCAAGAAGACCACCAACGUGUUCCGGGCUCCGGGGACCCUUCUGCCCACGCACCACGGUCUGCCUCAGUUCCCCUCCGCCGCCGCAGCUGCAGCGGCCAUGGGCGACAGCCUCUGCUCCUUCCACGCCAACGACACCCGCUGGGCCACGGCGGGGAUGCCCGGCGUGUCUCAGCUGCAGCUCCCGCCGUCUCUGGGCCGCCAGCAGGCCAUGGCGCAGUCCCUGUCUCAGUGCGCCCUCGGAGCCGGACCUCCACCCAACUCCAUGGGUCUGUCCAACAUGUCGUCCAACGGCUCCGGGCUGCAGUCUCACCUCUACCAGCCCACCUUCCCCGGGAUGGUGAACAACGUGACGGGCUCUCCUCAGCUGUGUAGCUCCCCGGACAGUGACGUCUGGAGAGGGACAAGCAUCGCGUCGCUGCGCCGCAAAGCGCUGGAGCACACAGUGUCCAUGAGCUUCACUUAGUAAACCACAUCUUUCUAUUUGGUUCUUCUUCAUCCAUCCACGGUGCACCAGGAGACACAACCAGGAUUCUUGUUCAUAUUACACCUGGUGUUUUUUUGCUCCAAAGCAGAGGGAAACUGAAGCUGCUGAUCUUGCAUAGACUGGGUCUGUUUGAGCUCUAUUUUAUGAUUUGGCAUGUAGCAUAUGACAGCUAUUUAUUUGUCUAUUUAAAUUAACUUAUGGAUUUGUUCUGUAUUUAUUUAUUUAUUGUUUGGCACAUGCAGCCCUUAUGUGGUGGGGCUUCACUGACAUUUGCUUGGUGACUGACUGUCGGUUUUUUGAGGACAAAUUGUGUGGAUAUAAAGAAAAAAGAAGCUUGAAGAUCCCCUUUUUCCACUCUGAAGGGGCCUAAAGGGAUGCACAGUGGACAUGCAGACACAUGCAAAACAAACACCAGGAGACUGUAGGGAUUGACAGAAUCUGGAGGAUAAAGAAGAGGACUUGACUGCAUGUGCUACCCAAGAAAAAUGAAAAUAAAAAUAAGGGAAAUACUCUAAAUGAAGACCUGGACACUGACUUAACUAUAAUCUGUUCUAUAGGAUGUUUUGUGUAGCGGAAACACUCUUGUUCCCAUUUUGGUCAGUUUGUGAAAAACUUCAGUUUGAAGAUUCUGUCUGUGCUUAUGAUCAAAUCUGACUUUUUAAAUGUUUGAACCAUUUUGUUUCAUGGACAUGUUUAUAAUAUGGAUUCAGUGUAAAUGAUCAAAUAAAAAUCAUUUUCAAUUAUGUCA